GUGGCUCACUAAGUCCGAUCCGCGUUCCGGAUUUUACUCGCUUUGUACCGGUCCUGAGUGGAGCCGCGGCGGUGCUAUCUCUCGUGCGUUCUUGUCGUAUUUUCAAGGGGAAUAUUAGCACUUUGGGACUCAUUGGGACCAUCCAAGCCGCUCAUGGGACAGGCGGGCUUCGUCCCCUGUUGCGCCGGUCCGGCUCACUGAGUGCAGGAUGUGCGGCUUGGCGGCAGCGUGCAGGCCGAGGGGAGCCCGGGGCCGUGUGACGGCUGCGCUCCACUGAGGCCAAGCCAACGAACCGGGAGCCCGUUCGCCACUCUUCCGCGGGUUCGCCGCCUGGCCUGUCCGGGCCUUAUGGAGUGCACGUGAAGCGGGCCGCGUCGGGAUUGUAAGCGGGGGGAAGCCAUGCGGGCAGCAGGGCGACGGCGCCGGGUCCAACCCUGAGCAGGCGUCCUGCGGCCGGCCGGGAGGAGCGCGGCCCUCCUGCAGCCCCCCACCCGCGGCGCUCCGGGACGCCCCUACUAAGAUGUCCCUCAGCGGCGGCCCUGCAGGCGGGAAAGGCGUGGACUCGAAUGCGGUGGACGCGUACGACAGCGGUGAUGAGUGGGACAUCGGCGUGGGCAAUCUGAUCAUUGACCUGGACGCCGACCUGGAGAAGGACAAACUGGAAAUGUCCGGCAGCAAGGAGGGCGGCCCCGCCGCCGGCCCACCCGGCGCCGUGGCCGCUCUGCCCGACAACAUCAAAUUCGUCAGUCCCGUGGGCGGCGGGCAGGGAAAAGACGGCAAAUCCAAAUCCAAGCGCGCCAAGAACUCCAAAGACGGCGCCAAGACGGCCGCGCCGCCGCCGCCGGAUAUGGUGAAGAAGGAGCUUCUGGCUCGGACCCCCGGGGACCCCGCCACGCCCCACAACCUCACUCCGGGCCCGACUAAGGGGGGCGACAAGUCCGGCAAAACCUCGCGGCUCCUGCCGUCCGUCAAGAAGGACAAAGACGGCCUGUCGGCAAAAACUAAAAAGGACAAAAUGGAAGCGGACAAGGAGACGGCGCCGCCGCCCGGGGCCCCCCUUCCUCGCUGCGGCCCCUUUGAGGGCCCGCAGAACCCCGAGGCCCCGGCCGCCGAUCUCCUGGCUCACGUGGCUCUGGACUCUGCCGGCAUGGGCCAGCCGGUUUCCAUGACGACCGAGGAGGAGGAAGAAGAGGACGAGGAGAUGGACGGCGCCGACUGUCGCAACCUCAAGAAGAUGCUGUGCGGGGACAAGAUGGAGUCGCCCGGCUCGGCGCCGGCCGCGCCCCCCCUGCACCCGCUGGCCAACAGCGACAUCUCCUCGCCCUGCGAGCAGAUCAUGGUGCGCACCCGCUCGCUGGCGGUCAACACGGCCGACGCGGCGCAGGCCACCGAGCCCGAGUGCCUGGGGCCCUGCGAGCCCGGAACCAGCGUCAACCUGGAGGGGAUCGUGUGGCAGGAGACCGAAGACGGGAUGCUGGUGGUCAACGUGACGUGGAGGAACAAGACCUACGUGGGAACCCUGUUGGACUGCACCCGACACGACUGGGCCCCCCCCAGGUUCUGCGAUUCCCCCACCAGCGACGUGGAGAUGCGAGGGGGGCGGGGCCGAGGCAAGCGCAUGCGCCCGGCCGGCGCCGUGACCGCUAACGACAAUAGCACGUCGUCGGACAAUAAAGGAAGCGGCAAGACCCGCGGCGGCGGUGCUGCUAAUGGCAAAGGCCGGCGUGGCAGCCAGACCGGCGGCGCGGGGGGGGCCGGGGGCGGCGGCGCGGAGGACGCCAAGGCCAGCCCCUCCUCCGCCAAGAGGAAGAGCAAGCCCGCCUCGGACAUGGAGCCCACCUCCAGCUCCGAGGACACCAAAGUAACCAAGCGCAUGCGGAGCAACUCCACCGGCGCCGCCCAGUUGCUCCCCGCCGGCAAGUCGGAGGCCCCGCCCUCGCUGGAGCGCGCCUGCCCCUCGCCCGUCCUCAUCGACUGCCCCCACCCCAACUGCAACAAGAAGUACAAGCACGUCAACGGUCUCAAGUACCACCAGGCGCGCGCCCACCACGAGCACGACGCCGACAGCGAGUACGGCGACGAGUCGGGCCCCCACGCCGACGCCGCGUCCUGCAACGGCGCCGCCAUCUCCCCGGCCCGCUGCGCCACCCCCAAGGGGCGGGGCUUCGACGCCCCCUCGCCCUCGCCGGGGAGGCAGCCGCACAAGGCGGGCAGGAAGAAGCCGGGCGAGGGCGAGCCCGACGGCACCGACGCCGAGUGCUUGACGGACGAGGCCAGCAACGACGGCGCCGACGACAGGAAGGCCAGGAAGGCGGCGGCCGGCGGGAAGGCGGACAAAACCGGCGGCAAGGCCGCCAAGCCCGCUCGGCCGGCCCCGCCCGCCCCUUACGGCUCGCCGGCCGCCUCCCCCUCGCUGGCCGCGGCGAAGAACGGCCAGUCCAAAGCCGCCCCGCUGUCGGACGCCGCUUGCAGCCCCCUCGCCAAAGACAAGAAGAAGAAAGACAAGAAGAGGCGGGAAGGCGGCAGCCCCAAGGGGGGGGCGCGGCCCGAGGAGGCCUACGCCGAAGCGGCCGACGUCCUGCUCAACGGCGCCUCGGAAGCACAGCAGAGCCGACUGGCCAGCAUCAAGGCGGCGGCCGACAAAGUCUACAGCUUCUCGGACAACGCGCCCAGCCCCUCCCUGGGCGGGGGCGGGGCGGGCGGGGGCAACGGCGGCGGCAGGGCGGAUGGCGCCGCGGGACAAAACGGCACGGACGGCGCGUCGCUUCAGACCGGCAGCCCCGCCUACUCGGACAUCUCGGACGAGGGCGAGGACGGCGAGGGGAAGGCGGACGGCGUCAAGGUGAAAGCGGAGCCCGAAGCCAAGAAGGCGGCGUUCCCCCCCCAGGCGCCGCCGGCCAAGGAGGCCGCCUACUACCCCGCUUACGACGCCUACUACCCCCCCGCCGCCGCCAAUGCCGCCUACGCCAACGCCAGCCCCGCCUCGAGCGCCUCCCCGGCGCCGCCCAAGAAGGACGACGAAGCGGAAGUGGGCGAGGAAGUCAAGGUGAAGGCGGAGCCUCAGGACGACAGGAAGUCGGAGGCGCCGGCCCCCCAGCCGUCGGUCAUCCAGCAGCGGGCCAACGUCUACGCCCCCCCGCCCCUCUACUACAACCAGUACUACGGGCAGCCCUACGCCUACUCGCCCGACCAGGCCUACCACGCCCACCUGCUGGCGGCCAGCCCCGCCUACCGGCAGCAGUGCGAGGAGCGCCAGCGGCUGGCCGACAAGAAGGCCGAGGGCAAGGCCUCGGGGGGGCCGCCCGCGCUGACGCCGGCCCCCGCCCUCGCCGAGCUGGCCAAAGCCAGGCCCAAGGAGGCGGCGGCGGCAGCGGCGGGGGCGGGGCCCGAGCAGGCCAAGUCCGUCAUCAUGGUGAAGGGCGAGGACCCCAAGGUGGCGCUCGUCGCCGCCGCCCCCCCGCCAGAGGGCCUGAAAAUGAAGCUGAGCGAGGCGGGCCACCACGGCAAGGACGAGGCCGCCGUGUGGUACCGACAGGAGCCCGACGCCCGCCUUUGGCCGUACGUGUACCCCAGCAAGUACUCUGAGGCGCCCAAGGCGCAGGAGGACGAGCGUGACAGGAAGUCGAAGGAGGAGCGCUCGCGGCCGAAGGAGGCCUCGCAUAAAGACGAGGCCAAGGAGGGGGCUGACGUCCGGGGGCCGGGACCCCCCGAGGAGCAGCAGCAGCAACAGCAGCUGCGGGCCACCGCCAAGGAAGCGCGGCCCGCCCACGUGCAGUUUGCCGCCCCCCUGGCGCAGCACCAGGGCUACAUGCCCUACGUGCACGGGCCCUACGCCUACGGGCAGGCCUACGAGCCCCCCGGGCACCCCGGCUACAGGGGGGUGCCCUCCGUCAUGAUGCAGAAUUACCCCGGCUCCUACCUCCCCGCCGGUUACUCCUUUUCGCCGUACGCCGGCAAGGCGGCGGCGGCGGCGGCGGCGGUGGAGGAGGGCGGCGAGAAGGCGUCGCGUUCCAGCCCCACGGUGAAGGCGGGCGGCGGCGGCGGCGGCGAGGCCAAAGCGCUGGAGCUCCUGCAGCAGCACGCCAGCCACUACAAGAGCAAGUCGCCCGGCGCCCUCCCCGACAAGAGCGGCUUGCACGAGCGAGACGGCGAGCGGACGCGCUCGUCGCCCGCGCAGCGCGCGCAGCAGCCGCCGCCGCCCCCGCCGCAGCCGCCGCCCCCUUCGCACCACCACCACCAUCACCACCUGGCCUACCCGCUCCUCGCCGGACAGUACGACCUCGCCUAUGCCUCAGGUCUGUCGUCGUCGGCCAUGGUGGCCAGCCAGCAAGCGUCGGCGCCGUCCAUGUACCCGCCCCCGCGCAGGUGAGGAAGGGCUCGUGGCCGCCGGGCCCCGCCUGGAAUCGCGUGACCGGAUCGCGCAAGGAUGCAGUCGCCGCGAUGAGGGAGGACGAUGGGCGGGGCGGCGCGCUAGCCCCGCCGCCGCCCCAGCGCGGCGUGACACUGGGGAGGACGGAACCUCGUCAUCCACCUCCCUCGCCGCUCGUCCCAAAACGGCAAGACGAAGAAACCUGGCGGAGCCUCUAUCAAAAGUGCAGCCUUCACACGGAACGGCCGCGGCGGGCAGGCUUCUUCCCCCCCCCUCGGUGUGUAGCUGUAGCGUCCGCGCGCGAGCGUGUGUGUGUAAAUAAUGUACAGAGGAAUAAUUUUUAAGAGGUUGGAUGCUGUUUUGUUUCCUACUCUUCUUUUUUUUUUCCUUUUUGUGAGUGUCUCUGUUGUUUUUCUACACUUGUCGAUCAUAUUAAAACCAUGUAGCUGGACCAACCA